AUGAACGCCAAAAUCUCAGAUUUUGGCAUGGCAAGGCUGUUUGCUGCUGAGAUAAGCAAAGGCAAUACUAAAAGAAUUGCUGGGACCUUGGGCUACAUGCCUCCUGAGUACACACAAUACGGUCAAUUCUCCUUUAAGACUGAUGUUUUAGUUUCGGAGUGCGCCGAGCAUCUCAUAAGCUAUGCAUGGAAAAAAUGGAAAGAGGGGAAAGCCUCAAUGCUAAUUGAUGGAACAAUAAGAGGGGGCUCAGAGGCAGAUAUGCUUAGGUGCAUCCACAUUGGGCUGCUCUGCUUGCAAGAGAAUGCGGCUAGGAGACCAACAAUGGCUUCGGUUGUUCUCAUGCUCAAUAGCUUCAGCACCAACCUGCCAACGCCUGCAAGGCCUACGUUUCUCAUGAAAGCUGGCCAUUGGCAUUUGCAUGACCAAUCUCAACUAUCCUCGAUUAAUGAAGUUUCAAUUUCACAGCCAGGCCCUCGAUAG